AUGAGCGCACAUCCACACCACGGGCCUGUCCAAGGCGACAACCCCAACUACUAUGACGAAGGGCCCGCCGAGCUGUCUGCUGGCGAUGUAAAUGCACCCCCGCCGCAUCCCCUCCAGUCGCAUCCCGUUGGUGUUUCUAGCCACCAUGACCAGUCCCAGCAGCAGUACUUCCCUCCUCCUCCGCCGGGCCCUCCACCGACAAACCAACACAACAACCAGUACCCUCCGCCCCAAGAACUUGAACAGCACCCCGGUGGUCAGGAGGAGCAGUAUUAUCCGCCUCCACCUCCCGGUCCGCCGCCGAUUCAGAUACAUCCGCCGUCUGUAUCUUCCCACAGGCACUCAACCUCCCCUCCGCCGGCAUACACGAUUGAAGCUGACCAAGGAGCCGAGUUCGUGCCGGACCAGAAGCCGCCCGUCCAGGAACCCGCUCAACAAUAUACCUCUCAUCAGCAGCACGUCCCACCGCCGGUCCAGGGUGCCGCUCAACACCAUACCCAGCAGCAUGCCCAACCGCCCGCCCUGCCACCACGACCCAGCUCUUCCCAAGGACCUCAAUACCCACCUCCACCGACUUCACCAUCCCAUGCCGCAGCCGGAGUCGCAGCCGCAACCGCAGCCGCAACCGCAGCCGCCGCUGGCCCAUCCAGUGAGCACCACCAUCAGCCCGGGACGGGAGCAACGGCGGAUUCCUCGACUGGAAAACAGAGUUUCAGCCACAAGUUCUACCAAUGGGGCCAGAAGGUCGGGCUGCCGAUCAACAAGCUGACGAACAAGCUCGGCUCCGAGGCCUUCUGGCCGUCGAGCAUGGACAACGAGUGUGACAAGGCAGCACGCAUCCUGAAGAGCUUCUGCAAAGACGGCUUCUACAAGACCCAGUCGAACCACCCUCCGCCCUCGCCUGGCCACCCCACGUCUCCGGGACCGUCCACCGAGUCCAAGGUGCUCGUCAAGAUCCCCAAGGCCGCCAUAACCAACGCCAAGGGACUGGCCAUUUUCACGACAUUCCGCGCCGGCCUGCACAUCUCGGGCGCCGGCGGUUCGGGCAUCGUGCUGGCGCGUCUGCCCGACGGCAGCUGGUCGCCGCCCUCGGGCUUUCUGGUGCACACGCUCGGUGCGGGUAUCAUGGCGGGCCUCGACAUCUACGACUGCGUAUGUGUACUCAACACGCCGUCAGCCGUCGACGCCUUCACCAAGCCGCGACUCUCGCUCGGCGGCGAGAUCGCUGUCGUGGCGGGCCCCAUCGGCGCCGGCGCCAGCGUGGAAGCAGCGCUCGCCAAGGGCCAGAUGAAGCCCAUCUGGAAUUACAUGAAGUCGCGCGGGCUGUACGCGGGCAUGCAGGCCGACGGAACCAUCAUCGUACAGCGGCCGGGAGCAAACGCAGCCUUCUACGGCGAGGACAAGAUCGAUGUCCAGCGGAUCUUGAAGGGCCAGGUCAAGCCGGCUACGCACCAGGGCCCAAAAGUGGGGGUUGGUGGAACCAAGGACGGGAUUGUCAUGUGGCCCGAGGGUGGGAGACGCCUCAUGGAGGUGCUGAAGGAUGCGGAGGGCAAGGGCGCCGAUGCGGGUGUUUUGCGCGAGGUCGGCGACCAUCCUACGCCUGGUGAUCUGGCGCCGGCGCAGCCGACGAACGCAGGCGAGGGGACGCAGGGGUUGGAUCCGAAGGGAUCGUUUCGUUACGGUUAG